UCUCCGCGGUUCGGAGCCGUUCCGCGCAGCCCCGGAGCUGAAGGAAACGUCCCUUUUCCUCCCGCAGCCCUUCAGAGCGCUGGAAGAUGUCCGGGUUUCUGGAGAGCCUGAGGUGCUCGGAGUGCGUUGACUGGGGAGAGAAGCGGAACACGAUCGCGUCGGUCGCUGCCGGAGUGCUGUUUUUCACAGGUUGGUGGAUAAUCAUAGAUGCAGCUGUAAAGUACCCUGAAGUGGAAGACUUCAACCAUUCAUACCAUGCUUGUGGGGUUAUAGCCACUCUGGCAUUCCUAAUGAUCAACGCGGUAUCUAAUGGCCAAGUGCGGGGUGACAGUUACAGUGAAGGCUGCCUGGGACAAACAGGUGCUCGGAUCUGGCUGUUCAUUGGUUUCAUGAUGGCUUUUGGAUCUCUGAUUGCUUCCAUGUGGAUCCUUUUUGGAGGCUACGUUGUUAAAGAAAAACCAGUAGUGUACCCAGGAAUAGCUGUGUUCUUCCAGAAUGCAUUCAUCUUUUUUGGAGGACUGGUCUUCAAAUUUGGUCGCACAGAAGACUUGUGGCAAUGAACACGCCUGUGGAAGUGCAUUGGCCACGCUGGGUUUUUAACUGCACACUCCCAAUGUUUUGUAAAGCCAUUUUGUAAAGGGUGACCUUCAAUUGUGUCUGAAGAUAAACCCAGGAAAACUCAAAUCAUGGCACUAAAAAUCCUGGUUCUGUGCUGUUUCAUUUUUUACUCUUGUAUGCUGAUCGCAAUGUGUAAUGGUUUUGACACAUGUAGAAUUGCUGCAUGUCACAACAGAAGUCACUUUUGUGCUACCAUGUUUGCUACAAGUAAAUAGUGUAGUGGAAAAUGGAUGUAUUUAACCAGCUGUUUCUACAACAUUAAUUACAAUCUGAGACUUACUAAAAAUGCUUUAAAACAACUUUUUAACAUCUAUUUAUUAAAUAUUUCCUAUAUCUGGACAAUAUAACCAUUUUUUCCAUUUCAAAAUU